CGGACCGGCAAUGGCGGCGCGGCGGAACGUGAACGUGGGCGUGCUGGGCCACAUCGACAGCGGCAAGACGGCGCUGGCGCGCGCGCUCAGCACCACGGCCUCCACCGCCGCCUUCGACCGGCAGCCGCAGAGCCGCGAGCGCGGCAUCACGCUCGACCUGGGCUUCUCGUGCUUCGCGGUGCCGCUGCCCGAGGCCGGCGCGCCCGAGCUGCAGGUGACGCUGGUCGACUGCCCGGGCCACGCCUCCCUGAUCCGGACCAUCAUCGGCGGGGCCCAGAUCAUCGAUCUGAUGAUGCUGGUCAUCGAUGUGACCAAGGGGAUGCAGACCCAGUCGGCGGAGUGCCUCGUGAUUGGUCAGAUCGCCUGCGAGAAGCUGGUCGUGGUGCUGAACAAAAUAGACCUGUUACCCGAAGGGAAGAGACAGGCGGCCAUCGACAAGAUGACGAAGAAGAUGCAGAAGACCCUGGAGAGCACCAAGUUCCGGGGUGCACCCAUCAUUCCCGUGGCGGCCAAGCCUGGGGGCCCGGAGGCCCCCGAAACGGAGGCUCCUCAGGGGAUCCCAGAGCUCAUCGAGCUCCUGAAGUCCCAGAUCUCCAUCCCGACGAGAGACCCCUCGGGCCCGUUCCUCAUGUCCGUGGACCACUGCUUCUCCAUCAAGGGCCAGGGCACCGUCAUGACGGGGACCGUCCUCUCAGGCUCCGUCAGCCUCGGCGACAGCGUGGAGAUCCCCGCCCUCAAGGUGGUGAAGAAGGUCAAGUCCAUGCAGAUGUUCCACACGCCCGUCACCUCGGCCAUGCAGGGUGACCGCCUGGGCAUCUGCGUCACCCAGUUUGACCCCAAGCUGUUGGAGCGCGGGCUGGUGUGCACCCCUGAGUCGCUGCCCACCCUGCACGCGGCCAUCAUCUCCGUGGAGAAGAUCCCCUACUUCCGGGGCCCGCUGCUGACCAAGGCCAAGUUCCACAUCACGCUGGGCCACGAGACGGUCAUGGGCCGCCUGCUCUUCUUCAGCCCCGAGCCCCAGCGCUUCGACCAGGAGCCCCAGGUGGACGCCUUCGACCUGGCCCAGGAGUACCUCUUCCAGGAGCGCUACCUGAGCGGGGACCCGGCCACCGAGGGCGACCAGGCGGACGGCAGGGCCGGCCAGGCCCCCGAGGGCCGCUGUCCACGGCAGCAGUGGGCCCUGGUGGAGUUCGAGAGGCCGGUCACCUGCCCUCGCCUGAGCCUGGUCAUCGGCUCCCGGCUGGACGCGGACAUCCACGCCAACUCGUGUCGCCUGGCCUUCCACGGUCGCCUGCUGCACGGGCUGCAGGACAAGGGCUACGCGGAGAGCGCGCUGCCCGCCCUCAGGGUCUACAAGCUCAAGUACAAGCAAGGCCUCGUGGAGCGGGCGAUGGACGACUACAGCGUGAUCGGCCGCUCCCUGUUCAAGAAGGAGACCAACAUCCAGCUCUUCGUGGGGCUCCGGGUGCGGCUGUCCACCGGGGAGCUGGGCGUCAUCGACAGCGCCUUCGGCCAGAGCGGCAAGUUCAAGGUCCACGUCCCCGGUGGCCUGAGCCCCGAGGCCAAGAGGAUCCUGACGCCUGCCCUCAAGAAGAGGGGACGCGGGGGACCCGGGGAGGCCACCCGCCAGGAGGAGGGCGCCGAGCGGCCCGAGCCCCCGCAGCACGUGACCCUCAGCCUGUCUUUCAAGCGCUACGUCUUCGACACCCAGAAACGCAUGGUCCAGGCCCCCUGAGGGACCAGGUGACCCGCAGGCCCCCCCAGCCAGGCCAGGCCACCGUGUGCCAGACCCAAGCCGACGUGCCUCCGCCUCCCGGGUGCCCCCAGGGACAGGACCAGGGCUGGGACUGGCCCCCUGCGCCCUCUCCCCGGGGACAGCGGCCACCCCCGCCUAGGAAAGGGCGGUGGCCAGAGCUGGCACCUGCCUGGUGGCCCCAGCCCGCCUGCUGGUCUGUCUGUCUGUCCACCUGUCUGUCUCAGUCUGUGUGAUCUCAAGGAGUGUCCCCACCCCUCCCCAGCUCUGUUCCAAGGGGACUUUCAAGAAUCUCCAGGAGGCCGGCCCCGUGGCUGGGGAGGCUGAGGCAGGAGGAUGGCCAGGUGGAGGCCAGCCUCAGCCACUCAGCGAGGCCCUGACUCUAAAUAAAACAUUUAAAAGGCCGGGGACUCAGCCAAGGGUGGCCUGUGGGACCAACUGGGAGGGGGGGGGGGACACAGCCUCCCGAGACGUCCAGGAGGAGCAGGCGUCCGCCUGUCCCUGUUGGUGGCCGCAGAUGGACGCGGCCGCCUCCUCUCGUCCUGGCGAUUGCGCGUUAUGAUUCAAUUUGCACAAAAUGACAUUAACUAGGAGCAGGGCAGGUUGUGACCAGAUGACUCGGGGCCGCCGAGCCCCGGGGCUGAAGGCAGAGGGAAGGGGAGGGACACGGCGUCCUGUGGCCGGGGAGCCAGGAGGCUCUGAUUAGAUACCAGCCCCAGGGCCAGCACCCCCCACCGCAGGACCCUGCGACACGGCCCAGCACCUGCGCCCCCCAGGACCAGGCAGGGGGCUGGGGACCCGCCCGGUGCCACUUCCCAGCUGUGGGGCCUGUGUGGCCACCCCCCUCCCACAGCGCGGCUCCCCCGUGGGUCAGGUGGUCAGCACUGGGGAGCUGCCCCAAUUCCUAGGAGCCCCACUGCUGUCCCCUAUGGGGGUACCUCUGGGGGUCACAGUGGCUCCUCCGUCCCUCAGCCAACCACAGCCCCGCGGGCGGCUCCACCAUGUCACAGAGGCCGCUCUGCUCUGGAGACAGGCAGAUGAGGCUCAGGUGAGGGCUUCAGGUCAGGGUUGAUCCAGGAGACCAGAGCCCCCCACCACACACACCAGGGCACAGGCGGGGUCCCAGGCUGGCCCCACCCGAGCGCCACGGGAACUGCGGGGGAGGGAGGAGGCCGACACCGGGACCUCCCUUCUUUGGUGACAGCAUCCGGCAGCAGCAUCGGGUGAGCCCAAAGUCCCUCCGUCCCCCCCGAGUCAGAGUGCACCCCCUGACCAAGGGGCAUGCGCCUGACCUCUGCUUCCCAGCCCUUCACAGAGGGGGACAGCAGCCUGGGUUCAGCCGUGGGUCUUGUCCUGUGUAGGAUGUGUGACCGGGGACAUGUCCCCAGCCUGUGCCUUGGCAUCCAGUUAUUAAAGACAAACAGACGAGAAA